AUGGAUAUCGCCCAGCUCUUGGAGACGGCUUUGAUGGCCAGCGAUGCUGCGUCCAGAAACAACGCCGAGCAGCAGCUCUCGCAGCUUGCUGAACAGCACUACGACGAGUACAUGAAGCAGUUUUCGGAUGUGUUGUUGAACGGCAGCACGCCCCAGGUGCGCAUUUUGGCCGCGCUCGGUAUGAAGAACCAGUUGACGUCCAAGUUGGCCAACAAGAGAGCCGAGCAACUGAACAGAUGGGUCAACACCAACCCUCAAUUGAAGGCCUCCGUUAAGGACGCUGCCGUCAAAGUGUUGUUGAGCGAUAACAGAGACAUGACCACCUCCAUUUCACAGCUUGUGUCUGCCAUUGCCCUCAUUGAACUUCCACGCAACGAGUGGCCCGAGUUGAUUCCAACCAUCACCGAACACACCAAGGUCGAGAGCCCAUUGAAUGUGAAAAGAUCAUGUUUGUUGGCUAUUGGCUAUAUCUGUGAGAGCGCCGAUGCCAACGAUCCUCAAAUUAUUGCUCAAUCAAAUGGUAUUCUUAUUGCCAUUGCUCAAGGUGUCCAAUCCACCGAGCCCCUGACCCUAGUUAGAUUGACUGCCCUCAAUGCCUUGAUUUACUCCUUACAAUUCAUCAAGAACAACUUCCAAAGGGAGGGCGAACGUAACUAUAUUAUGCAAGUCGUCUGCGAAGCUACUCAGUCUAGCGAUGUUGAAUUGCAGGCUGCCGCUUUCGGAUGUCUAGCCCGUAUCGUCCAAUUGUACUACCAUUACAUGUCUCUUUACAUGGAGAAGGCUUUGUAUGUCUUGUCCAUGAAUGGUAUGCUGAGCCCCAACGACAGAGUUGCGUGCAUGGCCAUCGAGUUCUGGUCCACCAUCUGCGAGGAAGAGUUCGAGAUUGCUUAUCAAUUGCACGAGCAAAAUGAGCGCGGCGAGCCUGCUUCUGCCGAGCUCACCUCUUACAAUUUUGCUCUUCUCGCUUGCAGAGAGGUUUUGCCAAGAUUGUUGACUUUGCUCACCAAACAAAACGAAGACCCUGAAGAUGAUGACUGGUCUGUUGCCAUGGCUGCUGGUUCUUGUUUGCAAUUAUUGGCCACAACAACCGGAAUUUAUGUUGUGGAGCCAACCUUGUCAUUCUUUGUUGCCAACAUCGAACUGCCAGAUUGGAGAAACCGUGAGGCCUCAGUGAUGGCAUUCGGUUCCAUUCUCGAAGGCCCAGACAUCGAGCAGCUCAAGCCGGCUAUUCAAGAAGCAAUUAAACCAAUCGAGAGCUUGAUUCACGAUAACAGUAUCCAAGUGAAGGAAACUGUUACUUGGUGCUUGGGAAAAAUCACAGAAGUCGCCUUGAGUGCACUUGAAUUGAAUAAGGAUUUGGAGCCAUUGUUAUUGGCACUUUUAGACGGAUUGAGAGAUCACCCUAAGGUUUCGGUCAACUCUUGUUGGGCCUUGAUUAAUCUCUUGGAACAACUUUGUGCUGACACUCAACAUGACCAAAGUAACUUGAUGUCCAAGUAUUACGAGAAUUUCGUACAGGCCUUGAUUUUGCUCUCAAAUAAGGCUGACAAUGACUUCAACUCCCGUGCGUCUGCUUACGAGGCUUUGUCCGCUUUUGUAUCCUACAGUGCAAUGGACACCAUGCCCAUUAUUCAGAGCAUUGCCAAUGAAGUUUUGACCAGAAUCCAAUCCACAAUCUCCAUGCAACAGCAGGGCCUCAGCAUAGAAAACAGAGCUGCUUUGGAAGAAUUGCAGAUAAACAUCUUGUCCUUGUUGACCAACAUCAUCCGUAGAUUGAGUGGUGAGGUUGCCUCCGCUGCCCCAGACUUGAUGAACAUGUUCAUCAAGUUGCUAGAGGCACAAGAGCCUAACGCAUUAAUCGAAGAAGAUGUUUUCAUUGCUAUUUCUGCCGUUGCAAGUGCCUUGGGUGAACAAUUCUUGCCUUUCAUGGACUCGUUCGUCCCAUACUUGAGUCAAGCUUUGCGCAAUGUUCAAUCUCAAACCUGUGUUACCGCUGUAGGAUUGGUGGCGGACUUGGCCCAGUCUUUAGGCGCCAAAAUUGCCCCAUACUUAGGCGGCUUGAUGGACAUUUUGGGUCUCGCCAUUUUGAACAACGACAUUAAGCGCGAAUUGAAGCCUGCGAUCAUUUCUUGUUUCGGAGACAUCGCUGGUGUCAUGGGGGCAGAUUUUAUGCAAUACAUGGAACCAGUCAUGCAAGUUUGCGCCAACCUCACACACAUGGUACCAGAAGACAGUUCAUACGACUCGAUGGACUACGUUACAUCUGUCAAGGAGGCAGUAUUGGACUGCUACGUGGGAAUUGUGAGUGGGUUGAGCUCGAAGCCCGAAGUGUUGGUCCGUUAUCUUGACCCAAUUUUCCAGCUUAUCCAGCAAGUUGCCGGUGAUAUCGAGUUGUCCAUGAACGAGUCAGCUGCCAGAUCAGCCGUCGGAUUAUUGGGUGAUAUUGCAGCAAUGUACAACGAUGGCCAACUCAGAAACUAUUACGCUCCAGACUGGGUGACAAACUUCAUCAAGAAAACUCGUGGCAACAUUGUUUUCUCUCAGCAAACCAAGGAUGCUGCUAGAUGGGCUCGCGACCGUCAAAAGAGACAAGUCGCCUAA